AUGUCCGCCGAGAAGUCCGACCUGGCGACCGGCGAUCACUUCGCCGAGAAGCCCGGCGGGACAGGUGCUUCACCGGAGGUCCACGUCGACGCUGCGGUUCAGAUUGCACACGAGACCCAGGAGGGGCAGUACUCGCCGUGGACGAAGUCGAUGUUCCGCCUGUAUGGCGUUCUUUGCAUUGCCUACCUCGGCGGUGCCCUCAACGGUUACGAUGGCUCUCUCAUGGGAGGACUCAACGGAAUGAAGUCGUACAUGGACUAUUUCAAUAAAGAGACGGUCGACGAGAGCACUGGUAUCAUUUUCGCCAUGUACAACAUCGGUAGUGUUGCCGCUGUCUUCUUCACCGGACCCACAAACGAUUAUCUCGGGCGUCGUUGGGGCAUGUUCAUCGGCAGCCUGAUUGUCAUCAUCGGCACCUGCGUCCAAGCCCCUACGAAAACGUCCGGUCAGUUCCUUGCAGGCCGUUUUGUCCUCGGAUUUGGUGUCAGUUUCGUAUGCGUGUCCGCGCCGACAUAUGUCUCCGAGAUGGCCCAUCCGGCUUGGCGAGGAACCAUUACCGGCGUGUACAAUUGUACUUGGUACGUGGGGAGUAUCAUAGCUUCUUGGGUUGUUUACGGAUGCGCCUACAUCGAGCAUGACGGUGGUUGGCGCAUCCCAAUCUGGAUUCAGAUGGUCACCUCGGGAAUCAUCUGUAUUGCCGUCUUCUUCAUUCCGGAAUCCCCUCGAUGGCUGAUGGCAAACGAUAAGUACGAGCAAGCCGCCCAGAUUCUGGCGACUUACCACGGCGAGGGAUCCAUCGACCACCCUAUCGUACAGCUUCAGCUUAAGGAAAUGGCACAGCAAAUCCGAACCGACGCAUCGGAUAAGAAAUGGUGGGACUACCGAGAGUUGUGGAACACUCACUCUGCUCGUCGCAGACUCAUUUGUGUCUUGGGAAUGGCUGUUUUCGGUCAAGUUUCCGGCAAUUCUCUCAGCUCUUAUUAUAUGACGGCGCUGCUGAAAAAUGCCGGCAUCACCGACCAGAAGAGGGUAUUGGCAUUGAACGCUGUGAACCCGAUCCUCUCCUUCGGAGCUGCGCUGGCAGGAGCUCGUAUGACUGACGUGAUCGGUCGCCGGCCUCUUUUGAUAUACUCCAUCAUCUUUUGCUCGUUUUGCUUCGCCAUCAUUACCGGCACUUCCAAGCUGGCCACAGAAGGUGCCGGUAAUGACGCAGCUGCGAACGCCACCAUUGCGUUCAUCUUUAUCUUCGGCAUCGUUUUCAGCUUCGGUUGGACACCUCUGCAGAGCAUGUACAUCGCCGAGACCCUCGACACUGCUACCCGUGCCAAGGGAACUGCGGUCGGCAACUUCGCCAGUGCCGUUGCAAGCACGAUCAUUCAGUACUCCAGCGGACCGGCCUUCCUCAAUAUCGAGUACUACUUCUACAUCGUCUUCAUUUUCUGGGACCUUUUUGAGGCUGUCUUUAUCUACUUCUUUUUCCCCGAAACCAAGGAUCGUACUUUGGAAGAGUUGGAGGAGGUUUUCAGCGCCCCAAACCCUGUCAAGAAGAGUCUGGAGAAGCGUUCCGCGCAGACUGUGUUGAACACCAUGAACGUGGACGAGAAAUUGGCCGGCGUCUGA